AUGUCUUCUUCAAAAAGUGCUUUUAUUGUUGGCCUUGGUGGAAUUACUGCUAGUGGUAAAACAACAAUGUGUAAAUCUCUUGAACAUUUAUUUUCUUCUGAAAAAUAUAAUCUUCAUAUAAAAUCAUUACAUAUGGAUGAUUAUUAUCGUUCCGAUGAUGAUCCACAUCAAAAAUAUUUAGAAAAAUUUGAUCAAAUCGAUUGGGACUGUUUGGAUGCAAUUGAUACAGAUCGAUUUCUUGUCGAUCUUCAAUCUCUUCGUUUAACAUGUGAUAUUUUACUUGUCGAAGGCUUUCUUAUAUUUAAUAUACCAUUACCAUGGAAAAAUCAUCAACUAUUUGAUUUGGCUUAUUAUUUUGAUUUACCAUAUGAAGAAUGUCGUCAACGAAGAUCACGACGAAACUCUCGAUCACCUCUUCGACAUGAAUAUUUUGAAAAACAUGCUUGGCAUGCACAUAUUAAAGCAAAAAAAGAAGCAUUUGAACAGAAUAAAGAUAUAGAAUUAGAAAUUGUUGAUACGACUGAAGUAUCAUUUGAAAAAAUUCAAGAUAAAAUUAUUAAAGAUAUUGAAACAGCUCUAAAACAUUUUAGUUAA